AUGGGUCUCAAUGCAGGACUGGUGAAGAUCUGCGUGAGAGGUGCAUCUGAGUGCAUCAACCUGACGGCGGCCAAGAACCAGUUCAAGGACGGCGAUACGGGCAAGCAGGUCCGUAAGCUACUCAAUGCUGGCGCAUCUGCCUUUACCUUCCUCUUCCUCGCUCUGCUUGUCGCGGUGGUUGCCAUCGGCGCUGCUGCGGCUUCUGCCUUUGAUGCAAACCGCCAUCAGCUGGCCACCAAGCUCGCAGCAGCCGUAGCGGCCGUCGCCUGGGGCCUCGCUCUCUUUGCUCUCAUUCUCUACGCCGGCGUCCUCGGCGGGGCGCCGUCCAACUCAUCGUACGGUCCGGGCUUCUACGCCAUUGUCAACGUCAUUGCUCUCUCAUGGCUUCCCAUUGUGCUGCUGGUCCUCGAGAUGCUACGCAUCGGGCCGAUCGCCAACAAGGUGGUGUGGCGCGGUGAGGUCAUGUUUCCGUCGUUUGCCCACGGACCGGGCGGGCCUUCGCUCCCGCCAGGCUCGUACACCGUUCGCCCCAAGACCGCUGUUCACCAGCGCGGACUCCUGCACAACUCGCCGGCUGCAGUCACCAACAGCGAGCACGCCGGCUACACCCCGCCGGCCCCCAUCACCGCGCCGGCUGCCGCUUCGCCGGCUCCUGCGCCGGCCGCCAUUUCUGCCGACGAGCCGGUUGCCGUUGUCCCGGUCCCGGCCCACGCCGCACCCAUCGACUUUGGCGUCGCACCGCCGCCGGUCAUUGUCCCGGUCAUGCCGGCCGAGGCGUCGAGCCCGUCGCCGGCCGUCAGCCCGGCCGAGCCCGAGACCAAGCCGACGUCGAUCGACAAGAGCGCUGCCGCGCCUCUGCUCUAA